AUGUCUCUGGAUCAAAGCAAUUUGAACCUCAAUGAACUCUUCGUAACAUGGCUCUCCGAAGAGGUAGAAGCCCUCGCAUCAAAGAGAUCCAGGAUGUUCCAUGCUUACAAAAAAGCUGCUGACAGAUUGAGCGCAUAUCCGGAACAGAUCACCACUCCCAAACAGUUGAAGAGCGUGUCAUUUGUGGGAGAAAAGAUAUUUCUUAUACUCUGCUCGCGUCUCCAGAAGCACUGCGAACAGAAUUCGGUAGAUAUUCCGGCCCUGUUUGGGAAUUAUGUAUCACUCACCAGAAAUGAGAAGAGGCCAUUGCAGUUGGAUGAAGAGAAGGCGAAAAAGACAAGACGCACAAACAAAUGGAUCCCGAAAAGGCGUUCUGGUGGCUGGGCCAUCCUCGUAGCUCUUUGUAAAAAUCAGCAUGUGUCUGGCUUGUGCAAAGAAGAUCUAAUAGCGGCGGCUACGCCAUACUGCGAUGGAUCGUUCACUUCAAAUCCUGCUGCGCGAGAUUUUUACUCAGCGUGGGAUAGCAUUAAAACGCUUCUCAAUCGUGAAUACGUCUAUUGCCGUGGAAGACCGAAGAUCUAUCUGAUUACAGAGACUGGACUUCAGAUGGCUCAAGGAAUACUUCUCCAAGAGGGCCUAGAUUUUGAGACGAACCUGCCAGAGAGACCCGAAAUAUCAUAUGACAAUGGAGUGAGGUUGACUCCCGAGUCUGUCACUGGCAACAGCCUUUUUGUCAAAGAGACGGAAUCAACGCCCUUGUCUGAACUGAUCUUAUCUAGUCCUCUCUCACAAAGAACUCAAUUAACAGUCACAAACUCCCUGAAGAACUCAGAAAUUGGCUCAUCAGUCCGAAAAUCACUAACUAUAGCACACGAUGCAGAUAAGAAGUAUUUUGGAGGAGUGAAGUAUGAUAUCUGGUGUCCUGAGGAUUAUGAAAUCAUACUUCUCAUGGAUAAUAGAGAAGUCAGAUCACAAACAGAAAGAGACUAUUUUCACACACGAAUAGUUGCAAAUGGCGUUAAUUGUGAUACUCGUAGCUUGUCUGUUGGUGAUGUUCUCUGGAUAGCUCGGCACAAAACAACAGGCUUAGAAGUUGUACUCAACUAUGUCUGCGAGAGAAAAAGAUUGGAUGACUUGGCAAUGUCUAUUAGAGAUGGCAGAUUUACCGAGCAAAAGUCUCGUCUAAAAAACUCUGGUUUGAAAAAUAUCUACUACCUAGUGGAAGAAGGAGGAUUAGGAGAUCUUCAACGUAUUGCCGGCAUGAAGCAGGCUAUUGAAACAUCAAUUUCGAUGGUCAUUACCAAUUCCAAAUUCCAUUUGAAUCGAUUCAAACGCACAGAUGAUACCAUUGAGUGGCUUCAAUGUAUGACAUCAAUAUUGAAGACACGGUAUCAGGGUUUGAGAUUAAUAGUUCUCAAGCCUGAUUGUGUGAAUACAAGAGACGACUACAUUUCGAUGCUUCAGAGGUUUCGGGCCAAAUUCGAAGACAGGCCCUCUUACGAAUGUGUGCAUAAGUUUUCAUUGUAUCAAGCCACGAUGACAAAGACAACCAUGAUGACGGUAAAAGAAAUAUUCAUUCUUAUGCUUCUACUGAUAAGGGGGAUGUCAUUGGAAAAGGCCAUCGUUUUACAAAACCAUUUCAAGGUACCACGGAACCUUAUAGAAUAUUUCCUUGAAUUUGGAGCUGGAAAAACGGAGGUUGAGAAAGGGGUUCUCAUAUUCGAUUUGUUCAAAGAUGAGAUUGGGAGCAAGAAAUUCACAAAGCCUCUUCUGAUCGCUGUUUAUGAUACAUGGGGGCGAGAGUGA